AGGAAAAGGAUUGGAAAGCUAGAAGGUCGUCACAUGCUACAGGAGGAAAAGCUGGAAGCCUUAAGCAUGGCAGGGAAACCCAAGCUUCACUACUUCAAUGGCCGAGGACAAAUGGAGUCCGUCCGGUGGCUCUUGGCCGCAGCAGGAGUAGAGUUUGAAGAAGAACUUUUUGAAACACGUGAAGAAUUUGAGAGAUUAAUCCAAGGUGGAACCCUGAUGUAUGAACAAGUGCCCAUGGUCCAAAUCGAUGGAAUGAAUUUGGUAGAAACCAGAGCUAUCCUAUGAUACCUAGCUACAAAAUAAAACUUGUAUGGAAGGAACCUACAGGAACAAGCCUGGAUUGACAUGUUUGUAGAGGGCUUGAGGGACCUGAGCGACAUGAUUAUGUUCUUUCCACUCUCCCUGCCUGGAGAAAAGGAGAUGAAUCUUGACUACAUCCUUGGAAAAGCCACUACAAGAUUCUUCCCUGUCUAUGAGAACGCACUCAGAGACCAUGGGCAAGAUUUCCUCGUGGGCGAUCGGCUGAGCUGGGCUGAUAUACAGCUCCUUGAAGUCAUCUUAAUGGCAGAAGAGUGCAAAGCCAGUGUCCUAGCAGGCUUCCCUCUGCUACAGAAACGCCUGGAAGGCUAGGACUAUGUCUUCUUCAGCUUUCUUCACAAACUCUGGGGAGUCUGUCUGGACCCAC